GGGACAUGGCCUGAGUCUCCUUUUAAAUGUAAUGUUGAGAUGUGAAACAAUGUCUUUGUCUCUUUAAGAGGUGGGAGGAGAGUGUUGCUGCCCAGUCUCUCUCUCUCCUCCUCCUCCCUCUAUUUUCUUUUAACAAAAAUUCCUCUCUCUGAGCUCACUGGCAGAAAAACCAGAGAGAGAGCGAGAGACCGGGAAAAAGAGAAGACAAGAGAGAGAGAACAAGAGGACAAGAGAGAGAGAACCUGUUCGAGAGGAGUCUUCACAAAGACAGAUAAACCUGACAUCAUACAGCUCUGAAGAGGAGGGGAAAAACAGGAGGGACAGAUUGAAGAAGAGAGAAGGAGGAGCAACUUCUGAAGAGGAACUUCAACUGACUUUAAACUGAACAAACAAGCUGGAGAGGAGAAGAAGAAUAAGAAGUGGGAGUUCUGUUACAAGAAGGAAGGAGAGGAGAAAACAGAGAGAAGAACAUUGAGGCGCAGAGGAGGGAAACGAGGAGAGAGAGAGAGAGUCAUGAUGGGUUAGCCUGCCCUGACCCUGUCUCAGUUCUCUGGCAUCGCUAAAGAACAAGUCCUAGACAGACAAGAAGAAGAGAAAGAACGAAGGAACCUAGGAGCAACAGAAAGGAGGAGAGAGGGGGAACGAGAAGAGAGAGAGGGGGAACGAGAAGAGAGAGAGAGGGAACGAGAAGAGAGAGAGAGGGAACGAGAAGAGAGAGCGAGAGAGAGAGAGAGAGAGAGGAGGAUGAGUGUGUACACUCUGAACCUGCGGGUGUUCUGGCCUCUGCUGACCUGUGUGUUGACAGGUCUGGUUUUCCACCACCACAUAACCCACUGGCUAAGUCCAGAAUCAGGCCCAGAAUCAGGCCCCGAUCCUGGGUACGAGGCUGGGACAGAGCCCUGCUCUGACCAGGGCCCUCCUGUCUUUUUCUCCCUCAUCAAACUACUACUGGCCUGUGUCCUCUGCUACCUCUUCAUAAGGUACUGCUCCACCCACCCAGGGGGGCCCCAGAGGGUGCCUCUCGAGGCCGCUGACGGGGCUCUGAAAUCGGGUUGGUCUCGUCGAGAGGUCCUGGAGGACUACUACGAGCGCUGGGUGCGUCUGUCUCCUCACGUCCUGGGGCACAGCAAGGCCCACGUGGCCAAACUGGUCGGGGAGCUGGUCAGAGCCGGACGUGCCACUGGAGGUAUCCCAGAGUCCUCUCUGGCGUUCCGGGGAGACUUCCUGCAGGUGGGCAGUUCAUACGAGGAGCACAAGGUGGGCGCUCCAGAUUACUAUGACAUCCUGGUACCUCUGAAGAUACCCCGAGAACUGAGACUGGAGCCACGAGUAUACAGGGGGGAGAGGAGGGGGGAGGAGAAGAAGAACGAGAGAGGAGAGGAGAAGGGAGAGGAGAAGGGGGAGGGCAAGAGGGAUGUGAGGGAGCAGAGGGGGGAGGUUAAAGAGAACGGGAGAAAGUCAGGGAAGGGGGAGGGCAAGGGGGAUGUGAGGGAGGAGAGGGGGGAGGUUAAAGAGAACGGGAGAAAGUCGGGGAAGGGGGAGGGCAAGGAGGAUGUGAGGGAGGAGAGGGUGGAGGUUAAAGAGAACGGGAGAAAGUCAGGGAAGGGGAACAGGAUGAGGGUAAGAAGCAAUAAAGUGAAGGAUGUCCAGAAGGACGACAGCAAGGUGGAGGAGCAGACAGAGGUCAAAGAAGAAGGGAAGGAAGACUUGAAGGACGAGGUGAAGGAAGAGAUGAAAGGGGAAAGCUCAGAGGACAGUGGGUGGAGCGGCGUGCCACGGUGCAGUCUAGAGACUCCUCGCCGUGGUGACUGGCUACGAAAACACCGCAACUUCACUGACACGUUUUUACGAAUGCACCCUUCUCGGGAGUCGCCCGAAAGGUCAUCGAGGUCACUGUCAGGGGUCACGGCAGUGUCAGGAGGAGGGGGCGGAGUCUAUCGCCUGACCCCGGACUCCGUCCUCCGUUGGUUCUACCCGGCAGUCCAGCGUUGCCUAGCAACCGUGCGCUACCCUUUUGAGCAGCGCUGUACGCUGAGUCUGGCACUGGCCGACGACCGUGUGCAGCUCCGCCUCACACCGCGUUCCGACUACGUCUGCUGUCACAUCUCCAUGGCAAUACGGCUCCUCCCCGCCAUCCCCCUCGGAGACGGGGUCUACCUGGUUCCCAUGGAAACGACGGCCUCAGUGGCGAUGUCAAAUACAGACCAGCACCAGAACCAGCAGAGCGAGGAGAGGGACCUGUGGACUUUGUUCUUCCCCCGCCAGGAGCAGCGUCUGCUGGGCUGGCUCCGUGGCCGCUCCCCACAGCCCUCCUGCCACCUCAAGGUGCUCCAGCUGACCAAGGCCCUGCGUGACCUGGGUGGCCAGGCACUGGACAGCCACCGGGGGGCGCUCUGGAGGUCAGUCCUCUCCUCCUACACACUAAAGACGGCCUGGCUGCGUCUGCUACUCAGCUCUCCUGCAGAGGCCUGGGAGGAUCGCUAUCUGGUGGCCAGGAUGGAGGAGCUGGUCUGCAGCCUGAGGGACAGCCUCCAGAACCGGGCCCUGGAUCACCUCUUCCUGGGGAGCGACAGCAGCUCCAUCUUACCUGACUCUGUGGCUCUACCUAAGUUGGUCAAGGAGGCGGUGGGAGCUCCAGUGGGGGGUCCAGUGGAGGGUUCGGGGGGACGUUUGGGGGGUUUGGCAGGGAACCUCUGGGCAGGUGUGGACCCAGCCUCAUUGGACCUAGUGUCUGGCCGGUUGGCGUAUGCCUGGAGCCAUCUCCACCGGCUGAUCAGGUUGGGCCGACCCCAGAGGAGUAGCUUGGGGCUGGGCAGGGCAGGCAACAUAAACUGCCAGCAUCUGCAACCUGGAGAAUAACCAACUUAUCUUUUCUGGAAACGAAUAAAAGGAUUACAGGUGAAAACAGAGGUUAACAAAAAGGUAACAGCUAAUAUCCUCCAACAACAGGCCUAGUCAAACAGAGAGAUACAUAGACAGACGGGAUGGAUGAAACAUCAGACUACUUCCUCAUCCAAAGGUUGUACAGGAGCUACUGGUCUAGAAUAAAAAGAAAGCCUAUAACAGUGAUGGGACGUUCUCUGAGUCAUCCCUCUUAACCAGUCAUGAAUGGAAAUCAUAGGGAAUGUGUGAAUUUGUAAUUUAUGAAUUUGUAAUUUAUGAAUUUGUAAUUUAUGAAUUUGUAAUGGAUACAUGUGCAAUUUUUCCCUGGUACCUAAUGAAUCAGGUUUCAUUCAAAACCAGAGUGAUUGUAUGUCUGCUUCUGCCUGUGUUCCUAUUGGCACCCUAUUCCGUAUUUAGUGCACUACUUUCCCAUAGGACUCUGGUCCAAAGUAGUGCACUAGGCAAUACGGUGCCUUUUGGGACGCACUUCUGUGUUCUGUGCUGUAUGUAUUAUCAGACAGAGUAACGGCAGGGUACACUACCAGUUCAGGGACAGACAGUGUAACAGCAGGGUACACUACCAGUUCAGGGACAGACAGUGUAACAGCAGGGUACCCUCCCAGUUCAUAGUAAUACAAAUAAUAAUAAUAAGGUAUUUGAGGUAGAUAUGUACAUGAAGGCAGGGUAAAGUGUCUAGGCAUCAGGAUAGAUAAUAAUAAGGUAUUUGAGGUAGAUAUGUACAUGAAGGCAGGGUAAAGUGACUAGGCAUCAGGAUAG